CGCAUCUGUGAUCCAGCCAUUCAUUCUCGGCGCAAGAGGGUGCUUGCUUAUGUUUGCCCCGGGCAAUUAGUGCGAUUGAGACGCAUACAUCGAUUCUUGCAGAUUCUAAUUCUAGGGAACCGGUUCUCUUUUUAAAUGCCAAGUAUUUGAACAAGAAUAAAGUUCGGCAAUGUUGAAAAGUCAUGUUAUUACAACUGGAGAAGUCGAAAGAAAGAUGUAAUUUCCACAUGAUAAACUCAGUGCCAUGCUGAAGGCCAUUCAUUUAUGACAAUGCACUUUCUCUGUCAUUAUUAGAGACUGACAUAAAUAUUCUUCAAUACAUGGGCUGUUAAACAAGGUUGCGAAUAUUAUGCUUGGCAUCUUAAGAAAUGCAUCGCUUUGAUGUACGCAAAUUUUUGAAUGAACAGGAAGUAACGAGUCAGUUAUUUCAGAAUUCAAGAGAUUAAAAAUCAAACUGACUGAAAAAUUUACUAUCGACAAUCGUUUCGUGUUGUAAAACAAAUCCUAAAUGGCUCAGAAAGUUAAAAAAAAUUAAAAUAAGCUGCCGAAAAAAAAAUCGAGUUGCAAACUUCUGUGACAAUUUCACAAAACAUUAUUGGCAAAUAGAUUUCACAAUAAGAGAGUGGCCAACGCUGAAUCCGAAUCACAUCUCGCAACCAAUAUGCAAGUCGAAAUGAAUCUGGAUCGAUCUCCAUUGGCCACUCUGACCUAUCCAGAGGCCAACGGAUGCCGAAACAGUCACAUGGCGAAAGUAAACAAAAGCUCCUCAGAGGAAAGGAAGACAGACUUGCCGCCCCUUCACUCCAUAGACGCUAUCCUAGGUCUCAAGACAUGGAAAAAGAAGAGGAGGAGUCCAUCUCCAUCCUCUCCCAAUGCCCACUCGGCCGAAGGUCAGCAGGGGGAGUCCAAUCACCCCCACGCCAAAAUAUUCAGGACGGCAGAGGAAAUCGAUGACCAUACCAGGGAAAAUUCGAGAAGCCCGGGGGACAAUCAACUCUCUUCCAAUUCGCUCACGGAUUCCGGGAACAAAGCGGACCCAGAUAGUGGUUCAGAAGAAGGCCCCAAGAAGAAGCACCGAAGAAACCGAACCACAUUCACCACCUAUCAACUGCACGAACUCGAAAGAGCUUUCGAAAAGUCCCACUACCCGGAUGUCUACAGCAGGGAAGAAUUGGCGAUGAAAGUCAACCUGCCCGAAGUUAGGGUUCAGGUUUGGUUUCAAAAUCGGCGUGCAAAAUGGAGGCGGCAGGAAAAACUUGAAAGUCAGAAUGCUCUACGAACUCUUGGACACGUGUCUGGUGAUUACCACAAUCCAGGAGGAAGACCUCAGUCACCCAUCACCAGUCUCGGAAGUGCUCUAGGAUCGUGUUCGUCCCCGACUUCCAUCCAGACAGGCUCAAACCACAUGCCUCUGGAUCCCUGGUCACUCACAGCUCCCCUUCUGACCCCUUCUCUUGCUGCUGGACUGCCCGGAUUUUUGAAUAGGCAUCCCUCAGUGUAUCCUAGUUACUUGACACCAGCUGCUCCAACAACGUCCCUCAGUGUCCCCUGUUCGAUGGCGGAAUUGGCUUCUGGAGCUCCAAAUGGACCGCUGGAACAUCCUGGACCAGUGAACUUAUCAUUAGGACCAACCGAAAUUCCGAAAGAAGAAUCGGGACUCGAUCCUAGGAGCUCCAGUAUAGUUUCGUUGCGAAAGAAAGCCAAAGAACACGUCGAAUAUCUUCAUAAAGGUCUCGCUAUUAUUUGAGUUUCUACGGUAUCAGUGCUUAUUAGAAAUUAAAUUCUACAAAUUCAGUAUUAUCCUCUUUCUAGAGAUUCUAAAUUAAUCGGAUAUUGAGGUACUGUAUUUGACAAAAUGAAUAAUAGGGCAGCUUAAUGAAAAUGAAACCAGAAUGAUGAAGAAAAUCAAGAAUUGUUAUUCGGAUUUCAUCUUUGUACCGACUGUGAGACCAAAUUUAUUACAAUUUCACUUGAAACUAAAGUAAGGAUGAAAAACAGGAGAUUGUUUCAAAUGUUUACGACAUGAUGCAUGCUAAGCAAUCGGAUGCUCUUCACGCAAAGACUGGAAACUUCAUCAGAAUGUUGGAGGAAAAAUACUUGAAACGACUUAUUCAAGAAUAAAAUAGAAUACUUUCCCUUCAAUAAAGUUAAUCUUGCCUUUUUAAGUGAAAAUGCUCUUCUUUUAUUCCUUUUUAAGUGUCAUAAUGACUGGCAUAAAUCUUCACAUUGCAUAUUCCCACUGACUAUAUCCAUUAACUAACUUAUUGGAAUGGCAAAUAUUCCAAAAUAAAAGUUCUUUGAAAUGGGGUCAAUUUGGGCUCAUGAAAUACACAUCAAAUGCUCCCAAUUAAAAUUUGGAAUCCAAUGCAUAUGUACCAUUUAUUGCCUGUGGUAUUGCAAUAUAAACAUAUGGUAAAACAGACAUUUACGAUUUCUUGAUGCCACUCUAAUGGAGUGGUGGCAUUCCAAAAUCGAUCGUCAACGCGAAAAACAGGCCGAAAUUGGCAUGGUAUGGCGUGGAAGGGCAAAUAUCCGUUCUGAUCUAAUUUCUAUUUUGUGCGAUUACUUAUGCAUGCAGGUAGAGAGAGGAAGUCUUAGGGUGCAUGAAAUGGCAGGGCUCGUGAUUUAUUGUAGUAAUAUGUUCAUCAAGGAGGUUAGAACACUGCUGGCGUAGAGUGUUCGGAUGCCUACAUGAAUGAAUGAAAAAAGUAAAUGGCAUGAAAUUUCAUUACCGGAUGUGCUCAGAAAGGAUCGGUUACAAUCCUGAAUAAAUUGUUGAAUGAUAUGCACAGUUACAUUUAUCACGUGACUCUGAUUUACAUAAAUGAGCUCCAUUAAGGAAAAUGAAGGGAGUUGAUGAAAUGUCGUGAAUAUUACAAAAGGCAGUUACAGCAAUUCAUAGGCAGGGAAGAUAAGCUUAUGAGAGAAUACAUGAGAACUGUUCUUGCUUUGACUUGAAGAAUUUCAUCCACAUAUUCAUAUUUAAACUCGUGGUCCAACAUAUUUUAUUC